AUGGAUAAAGAAAUAAUAUAAUUUCAAGAUAAAAAUUAGGAAUUGGAAAGCUUUUCAUAGAAAAUUAGAUAUACCACCUUAGAUAAAAAUAAUCAAAAUAGAAUGAAAGAGUUAGCUAUUGGAAUUAAGAUCAUACUAAUUAUUCAAACCUUAUUUAUUGGAAUCAUUUUUGGAUUAAAUAUAUACUUAAAUAUAUAAUUUAGUUGGCCUUAUGAGACAUUUUUAAGCUAAGCUUUAUAUAUACGAAUUUUUUUUUUGACUUUGACAAUCAUCUUUAUAAUUCGGCUAUUAAUCUAUAGAUUAAGAAACAAUAUAGCUUAAUGUAAUUAUCAAUUAUAUAAGUAAGACAUAUUUAUUGUAAUUUUUAUUGCAGCAUAUCUAAUUUUUUUUAUUUCAUUAAGCUAGAUUUCAAAUAUUUUUGAUCUUCAAGGAGAGAAACUCUUCAAUUUUUACAUUUAUUAGGUUUUAUUAACCCUAUUUAUUGGAUAUAUUUAUAAUCUAAUUUAUUUUUCAUUAGCACAAGAUUAUAUUGAGAGAAGUAAUUAGUUUAAUUAAUUUAGAGGUUCAAUGUAGUUAGGCGGUAAUAAUAAUUAUAGAGGUAAUCGUAUAUAUCUUAGUUUUUAUUGGUUUUCUAAGUAAUUAAAGUGAUUAAAGUGAUUAAAGUGAUUAUUUCUAAAGAAUUGUUUCCAUAUUAUUUCUUUAGGGAGUCAUAACUUUAUAUUUACAUAUGUAGAUACAUUUAUUGUUUAAAAUAAUCAAUGGAAAAUUAGAAUUAAAACCUAACCAAUAUUUUUAGGGAUAUCUAUAUAUACAAAUUACAACAUUUUUGGUUUGUUUUAAGGAUUGA